AUGAAGUUCCAAAAGUGUACUAAAGAAAGUGUAGUAUAUCGUCGUGAAGAGGGAGAGACUCUUCUUAUAGUUGUUAUCUAUGUAGAUGACUUGUUUGUGACAAGAAACACUCUCAAGGUCAUAAAUGAUUUCAAGGCCGGAAUGUCAACAAAAUUUGAGAUGUCUGAUCUCGGAAAGCAUACUUAUUAUCUCGGCAUCGAAGUUCAUCAAGGAGAAGAUGGAAUCAAAAUUAAACAAGAAGGUUAUGCAAAAAAGAUACUAAGAGAAGCAGGUUUAGAAUCGUGUAAUCCAACCAAAGUACCAAUGGAAUUUGGACUUAAAGUUUCAAAAGCUGAAGAUGAGGAAGAGAUAGAUCCUACACGCUACAGAAGGAAUGUUGGAUGCUUAAGAUACUUGCUACACACAAGACCGGAUUUGGCAUUUGUUGUUGGAGUUGCUAGCAGGUAUAUGCAGAGCCCGCAGAAGUCACAUGGAGUAAUGAUGAAGCACAUACUACGAUAUCUAAAGGGAACAGUGGCAUACGGCUUGAAAUACAAUCGAGGAGGAUCAAAGACUUUUGUACGGGAGGUGCAGUUGGCUAAUGACAAGUUGUUGGAAAGUGGUGGAUCACGCCAGUAUCGGGAAAUACCGUUAGCGGUGACUUGUGAAAGUGGAUAUGGGGGUUCUCCUGAGGGGACAGGGGGUUCCCUAGAUACCCAUAACUCGAAGGACUGCAGUCCUGAGGGUGGUAGAGGAGAUGGGGGUUCUCCUGGUACCAAGAUCUCGAGGGUGAGACCUGAGGGUGAGACGGUACUGCUCAAAGACGGAGGGUCUGAGACUGAGAUCGGUAUGGCUUGA